GUGGUGGUCGACGUUGUCGGUUCGGGAGUGGUGGUCGACGUUGUCAGUUCGGGAGUGGUGGUCGACGUUGUCGGUUCGGGAGUGGUGGUCGACGUUGUCGGUUCGGGAGUGGUGGUCGACGUUGUCGGUUCGGGAGUGGUGGUCGACGUUGUCGGUUCGGGAGUGGUGGUCGACGUUGUCGGUUCGGGAGUGGUGGUCGACGUUGUCGGUUCGGGAGUGGUGGUCGACGUUGUCGGUUCGGGAGUGGUGGUCGACGUUGUCGUUCGGGAGUGGUGGUCGACGUUGUCGGUUCGGGAGUGGUGGUCGACGUUGUCGGUUCGGGAGUGGUGGUCGACGUUGUCGGGAGUGGUGGUCGACGUUGUCGUUUCAGGAGUGGUGGUCGACGUUGUCGGUUCGGGAGUGGUGGUCGACGUUGUCGGUUCGGGAGUGGUGGUCGACGUUGUCGGUUCGGGAGUGGUGGUCGACGUUGUCGGUUCGGGAGUGGUGGUCGACGUUGUCAGUUCGGGAGUGGUGGUCGACGUUGUCAGUUCGGGAGUGGUGGUCGACGUUGUCGUUUCGGGAGUGGUGGUCGACGUUGUCAGUUCGGGAGUGGUGGUCGAUGUUGUCGUUUCAGGAGUGGUGGUCGACGUUGUCGGUUCGGGAGUGGUGGUCGAUGUUGUCGGUUCGGGAGUGGUGGUCGACGUUGUCAGUUCGGGAGUGGUGGUCGAUGUUGUCGUUUCAGGGGUGGUGGUCGACGUUGUCAGUUCGGGAGUGGUGGUCGAUGUUGUCGUUUCAGGGGUGGUGGUCGACGUUGUCAGUUCGGGAGUGGUGGUCGAUGUUGUCGUUUCAGGGGUGGUGGUCGACGUUGUCGGGUGGUGGGUCGACGUUGUCGGUUCGGGAGUGGUGGUCGACGUUGUCGGUUCGGGAGUGGUGGUCGACGUUGUCGGUUCGGGAGUGGUGGUCGACGUUGUCGGUUCGGGAGUGGUGGUCGAUGUUGUCGGUUCGGGGGUGGUGGUCGACGUUGUCGGUUCGGGAGUGGUGGUCGACGUUGUCGGUUCGGGAGUGGUGGUCGACGUUGUCGGUUCGGGAGUAGUGGUCGACGUUGUCGGUUCGGGAGUGGUGGUCGAUGUUGUCGGUUCGGGUCGGUUGGUGGUCGAUGUUGUCGGUUCGGGAGUGGUGGUCGACGUUGUCGCUUCGGGAGUGGUGGUCGACGUUGUCAGUUCGGGAGUGGUGGUCGACGUUGUCGGUUCGGGAGUGGUGGUCGACGUUGUUGUUUCGGGAGUGGUGGUCGACGUUGUCGGUUCGGGAGUGGUGGUCGACGUUGUCGGUUCGGGAGUGGUGGUCGACGUUGUCGGUUCGGGAGUGGUGGUCGACGUUGUCGGUUCGGGAGUGGUGGUCGACGUUGUCGGUUCGGGAGUGGUGGUCGACGUUGUCGGUUCGGGAGUGGUGGUCGACGUUGUCGGUUCGGGAGUGGUGGUCGACGUUGUCGGUUCGGGAGUGGUGGUCGACGUUGUCCAUUCAGGAAAGGUGGUCGUCGCUGUGGAGGUAUCUAUAGGGACUGUAGAUGUCGAUAUCGGUGCUGACGUCGCGGUGCUUGUCGCCAGUGUCGCCAAAGUGGUUGUGGAAACCGUGGAGAUGUUUGUUUCAGCUGCAGUAGUCGAUGUUUGUUUCUCAGCUGCUUGA